GCGAAUGCUAGUAAGCAAACGGUGGUAUAGAAAGGAUGUAGUUUACGCACCUAGGAGUUGCAAGUGCCUUUUUUUUAAAAGCCUCCCGUUCCCGUAAUAGUGCCGGAUCCAUUUUUGUUCCUAUAAAUCAAGCUCAUACACAAUGUGGCCCCUGAAAAUAAUUAUAUUUACUAUUUAUAUAAUCCUUCCACAUCGCGUGAUCAGCGAAGACCACUCAGCGUUAUGGCGGUGGAUGUGUGAAGACGGAAAAUGUCUGAAAACACGAACAGACCCCAAAAAUAAUGACCCCGCGCUCAGUUUGGAGGCUUGCAAAAUGUUUUGCAAUGAAUUUGGAUUGCUUUGGCCCAAACCAACAGGACAAGUGGACCUUGGUAAUUUCUUGUCCAAGGUCAAUCUGCAGAGCUUGAAUGUGGUGAACCUCAAACGAGGAGUCAGUGAUGCUAUGACAGAAGCUGCUGUGCAGAGAUUCAAGAACCAAGUUUCGUAUGGCAUUCCUAAGGGAGCGAGCCCUAAAGCCACAGGGAAGGCCGUGGAAGUAUACCUUAUAAAUGGGAGCCCUGAUUUACUAGAGUUUUCUCUUGGAAUGGACGAGGGUUACGGACUUAGAGUUGGCGGCAAUGGCGCAGAGAAGAUUAACGCGACAAUAUUCGCAAACUCUUUCUUCGGCCUCAGGCACGGCUUGGAAACCCUGUCACAGCUCUUCGUGUACGAUGACAUCAGAAACCAUAUGUUGAUGGUGCGGGACGUGAUGAUCGAUGACAAACCUGCGUACCCUUACAGGGGACUUUUGUUGGACACCAGCAGAAAUUACUACACCGUUGACUCAAUUAAGAGGACGAUUGAUGGUAUGGCCGCUGUCAAGUUGAACACUUUCCAUUGGCACAUCACGGACAGCCAGAGCUUCCCCUUCGUGUCUGAAAGGAGGCCUAAUUUGUCCAGAUUGGGAGCCCUGAGCCCUAGCAAGGUUUAUACGAAGAGCGACAUCAAAGACGUCGUUCAAUACGGGCUGGAGCGUGGCGUGCGCGUGUUGCCAGAGUUCGAUGCGCCCGCGCACGUCGGCGAGGGCUGGCAGGACACCAACCUCACUGUUUGCUUUAAGGCUGAGCCAUGGCAACACUACUGCGUGGAGCCCCCCUGUGGUCAGCUGAAUCCGAUCAGAGAUGAAUUGUAUGAAUACCUGGAGGAUAUCUACAUGGAUAUGGCUGAUUUAUUCAAACCGGACAUGUUCCACAUGGGUGGUGACGAAGUGAGCGAAAAGUGCUGGAACAGCUCCGCGGAGAUCCAGCAGUUCAUCCUGCAGAACAGGUGGGACCUCAACAUGACCGGCUUCCUCAAACUCUGGAAUUAUUUCCAGACUAAGGCGCAGGAUAAGGCCUAUAAGGCGUUUGGGAAAGGCAUUCCACUUAUAAUGUGGACGAGUACACUGACCGACUACGAGUCUGUUGAGAAGUACCUGAACAAAGACGAUUACAUCAUUCAAGUGUGGACCACGGGAGAAAGUCCUCAAAUCAAGGGUUUGCUGGAGAAGGGAUACCGCCUCAUCUUGUCAAACUACGACGCGUUGUACUUGGACUGCGGCUUCGGGGCCUGGGUCGGCAGUGGUAACAACUGGUGCUCGCCGUACAUCGGCUGGCAGAAGGUCUACGAUAAUAUGCCAUCAAAGAUUGCGGCCGAUCAUAAGGAUCUUAUUCUUGGCGCGGAAGCUGCGCUAUGGUCUGAGCAAUCAGACACGUCGACCUUGGACGGUCGCCUCUGGCCACGUGCUGCAGCACUGGCCGAGAGGUUGUGGAGCGAUCCGCAGCAUGACUGGAAGGAAGCCGAGCAUCGAAUGUUACACGUCAGGGAACGACUGGUCCACAUGGGAAUCCAAGCGGAUUCCAUUCAGCCAGAGUGGUGUUACCAGAACGAAGGCUAUUGCUACAAUUAAGAAGUUUCUAGUGCCUUUAUCAGCAUCAUCAUGACAUUCUACACAAAUUUUAUUAAGUAUUUUUCACUUUACUAUUAAAUAGAGAGAGGAUAAUAUGUAGUUUUAACGAAAGAUUAUGCUACCGUUAAGAAGUUUCAAGCACAUUUUUUGCAUUAUCAUGGCAAUCUGCAUUAUUUUAUAAGUAUUUCUCUCUUUACUAUUUUAUCUAUCAAUGUGGUGUUGCCAGAAUGAAGAAAACUACUAGUUUAGGAACUUUUUGUGCCUUUUCAGCGUAAUCUGCACAAUUUUUUAUUAGUAUUUUCACUUUACUAUUUUAUAUCUAUAAAUAUCCGUAUUUUUAAAUGCGAAGUUAAACCUAUAUGUCUCACAUAGAUACGUUUAUUGAUUCUUAAAUAAAGUGUAUUGAAUAUAAAUUAUGGAAUAUAUUUUUUUUUUAAUAAAAGUUUGAACAGGAAA